UAAUCCCGCACUUGGAAGUAAACGUGCCAUCAUUAAUUGAGCCCCCCUCGCUUUUGCUUGGGGGCUUUGUUCAGCUGUAAUACACUACAAAGGCUCAUGCGGGUCUCUGUGUGUGCUUGAGUCAUUUUGGUGGCUCUUCUUUUGUGAGGGUUCAGCAUCCUCCCGGUGCAGCAGCAGCAGCAGCAGCAGCCCUCCCCCUCUGCAGCCUCUCCAGCAGUAUGCCCGACGUUCAAACGGAAGCAGGCGCUACCAUUUUGAAACACAGCACCGCUUAGUAUGACCUAAAACAAGAGACACUGCGUCCACUGGAAGCGAUUUGUUCCUCUCGUGUCACUUACAAUCUGACGGCUCAUCACUUGCAAGCGUUCCAGGAUCCGGUUGCCUAGCAGCGCCAUGGACAAGAGCCACACAGUGAAGCUCUUCGUGGGUAACCUGGCAUUGGACACCACGCAGGAAGAGCUGUCGGCCAUCUUCGAACCCUACGGUCAGGUGGUCAGCUGCAGUGUGCUGCGGCAAUUCGCCUUUGUGCAUCUGCAGGGGGAGGGUGCUGCGGAGCGGGCCAUCCGGGAGCUCAAUGGACGGGAGUUUCGCGGUCGGAAUUUGGUGGUGGAGGAAUCGAGGGGGAGGCCGCUGCACUCCACCAAGGUGUUUGUGGGUAAUCUGAGUGGCAUGUGCACCACAGAAGACCUCCAGCAGCUGUUCCAGACGUUUGGGAAAGUCCUCGAAUGUGACAAAGUCAAAGGCUAUGCUUUUGUUCACAUGGAAAACAAGGAAGAUGCACUACAGGCCAUCGAAGCCCUGCACGGCACCUCCUUCAAGGGCCGGCCCCUGUCCGUAGAGCUCUCCAAGGUCCAGCCCAGCAAGCAGGCGCCGACGGGGAAGAUCCCGUGUGUAAACUGUGGGAAGCAGGGCCACUAUGCUGGAGAAUGCCCUGUGGGGAAACCUUCUCUGGAGCAGUACCAGAGUCAGGCAGCGGUCUUGGCUGCUGCCGCCGCUGCAGCCGCUGGCCUACCGCUGCAGGUCCAACAAAGCGUGCACAAUUCAGUCUACAACACCUCCACCUUUGAUCCCACUUAUGCUGCUCUCACGGGGAUUACCACCGGGACACGCACAGAUGGGAACCCGGUAAAUCCAGCUGUUUAUGGUGCCCUUGCCAGCCAGGUGUACGGUGCCAACGUUGCCAAUCAGCUUUACGGAACAGUGGCCAAUCAGGCUGCUCUCACAUCAGGGGCCACGCAGGUAUACAGCUCCAUGACACCUAAUAUUUACGGUCAGAUGGCUGCAUCUCCAGCAGCCGCCGCCGCUGCUGCUGCCGCUGCCGCUGCCUACACGACUCCGGUUUACACCCCGACGAUGGCCAACCACCCUGUCUAUCUGGCCGCGGCUCCUGGGAUAGAAAUGCCAACAGCGGCGGCCGCCGUUAAUACUGCCUACUCUGUAGCGCCUACGAUUUACAGCGCCGCCGCACCAGCCUACGCUCAGUUAAGCGCCAUGGGAGCAGCGGACCCGACUACGGCUAUCUUUGAGGCUGCCAGGCAGGCGCAUUACUUCGCCCAGGGCCAGCAGGUUGUGGCUGAGCAGCAGACGGCAGCUGCCGCCACAGCAGCAGCUGUGGCAAAGUCCGGAGAGAGGGAUCGUAGUCCACUGCGGAGGUCGGCACCUCUGCUUCCGGACCCCGUGAUGAAGCCAUUUAUGUACCAGAGGGCCAAGCCACGCCGACCCCUGCUCCCCACGCCAGCUGGUCGAGCAGCUGAAGAGGCAGUGGAAGCCGCAGAGGACCCCAUGGCCAGGUACUACGCGGAGUACUACCAGCAGCUACAGCAGUACCCACAGUUCCAGUAUGCCUACCCAUCACCGAGCACAGUGACCGCCAUCCCUGGCAUGCCGGGAAUGCAGGCCAUGCAAGCGGUCCAAGCAGUUCAGGCUGUCCCCACGAUGCAAGCCCAGCCCGUCGCCACGCUGGACGCACUCAGGCCAGUGGUCCCCGCCGCUGCGGCAGUGGCAGCCGCCAUGGCUGCGCCCAGGGUGUAUGAGCCGCCGUUGCCGCCGCCCACGCGCAAGGAGGCCAUCCUCCGCCGCCCCGAACUCUCCCUUCACACGCCUGAGCCCCCCUUCCGAUAGUCGCACACAACUCUUUGCCCGCCCCUCCCUCUUUGCCCUGAACCCCUCCCACCCUUCACCUUCCCCCACCCACCCCAAUCUCCUCUUCCAACCCCAAACUUGACCACCUUACAGCAGCUGUAUGUACGUGUGUGUGUGUGGGUGUGUGUGUGUGUCUGGGGGCUCUAAGUGUGUGGUAUUAAACUGGGGACUCCUUGGUUUAUUAACCUGCUUUAGGAGAAACUUGAUACGCCAGCCUUGGUUCAGUUUGCACGCAAACACAGUGCAGCCACCGAAAGGGAGGCUUUCAUCUGUCGCGCGGGCAUUCUUUGUGCUUCUCAGUUUUACUUUUUUAUCGUGCCAGUCUCACACUUGUGCCAGUAUUAGGCCGCCCCGCUCGGCCGUUUCAUAUAUGCCUUUAUUUCCGCAAACCCAGUUAUGAUUUUCUAAGGCCGAGACCUUCGAUAGACGACAUCAGCCAUCCUCCUUAGGCCUAGAUGAUCUGUUAGGGCAGCUAAUUUGAAACCUUUUUUGCCUUAUGUUGAAGAGUUUCAAUUUGCAAUGUAACCAGAUGGAAAGUCAGGGCGACGCUCUCGCGCGUGACGGCUGCGCUGCGUCCCGUCCGGCAGAACCAAGGUUGAGUCUUCUUUUUUUAUUUGGUUUGUUUUUUUUCGAGGGACGUUUUGUCUUGAAUGUGACGUGGGCUGCGUGUGAGCGAGUGAGAGGUGAGGGCUUGCUGACCUUGCAGCGCACAAACGCAGCAGCAAAAAAAGAAAAAAAAAACUGCGCCUUGCCGAAAAGGAAAGGAGAGAAAAAAAAGAGUAAAGCACACAUAAACGUACUGUAAUGUAUGUUUGGAUCUCCCCUUUGACUCCCCCCCUUUUUUUUUUUCUGAACCCCCUCCCCUCCCCUCCCACUCCACCUUUACUCUAACUGCAGCAAUGAAAGACACUGCUUCACCUCUCCCUCUCUCGCUCUUUGUAAUUACAGCUGCCUACCUCUUACAGCAAAUUUCAAUGUCUAUUCUUUCCUAUUGUGUUCUCUUCUAUUGUCGGCAGUUCCCGCUCCUUGUAAAGGGAUAGGGUCAGCAGUUUGGAGGGGGAGGAGCCAGACAUUACCGACAGUGACUUUUUUUGUAGAUGUUCCGUAUCGAGUCCAUCAUUUUCAGAGGCCUUUUUUUAAAAUAGUGUAAAUGUGUUUUUUGUUGUUUACCUGUGACGUAAGUCAGCCUGGGAUGUGAUGAACUGUAAACGGUGGGGAAAGGAGGAAAAAAAAAUCAAUGUGUUACUACUGAGGGAGCAGUUUACAAAAGGAUCUUUUAAUCGCAUCCUGUUAGAAACCACGAUGGUAUGUGACAAGCUCAAUCAUGUGCCUAUAAAGCCUCGAGUGAAGUGCAUUAAGUGGAGGGACCUCCCAUUUUUAAGUGCUUUUGACAUUAUUUUUUAAUCAUUUCAAGGAGGGCGGGGGGAGCCCGACCUCCAGAGCUUUAGUAUCCAGAAGGCUUGGAGAGCGAGCGAAGCUUUCUCUGGGACUCCUGCGUAGGAUUUGUUUCACAGCUCUUAAAAGAAAAAGCCACAAACCGAGCCUUCACGGGUUCGUUACUUUACUAGCUGCUGGUUAAAGCAGAAACAGUGAUAGCACCAAUGAAGUGAGAGGUGGGGCAGUGUCGUCCACGUGCUUCUUUGACCCUCCGAAUACCAGACCAGCUUUAGAUUGUGACUGCAAAAAAAGGAAAAGAGAGAAAGUGUCUGUUUUAAUAUAUCUGUUGGAGCUUGUAGAACUGGACUUUUCACGAGUGGCAAAUCCCACCCGCGUAGCUCUGCAUUUCAUUAAAACAGCCACUUUCAAAGUAUUUUGCAACUGCUAUGUGACGGCGGUCUGCUGCACACGCCCUUUUACUGCCCUCCCGUUCCCCUCUCCUCCUCCCCUCCUCUCUCUCCCCCUGUGUUUUUUUUUCUUUCUUUCUUUCUUUUGUUUUUUAGCGGUUAAGUGACUUCUUUGCAUCUCACGGUGUAAUCUCUCUCUGUGUCGUAUAUACAGAACACAUACCAGUUGCAUCCUUUGUAGAACUAUGUGGUUUGCGAAAUGUCUUGUUUGCCAUGUUUGAGAUCGUAUUUUUUAGAGAAGUAUUUUAAUUUUUUUUUUUGCCUUCUUUUUAAGAAAAAUAUAAAAAGUCAAAAGUUUAAAAAAAAAUCAUUCAAAAAAAAAAUCAGCAUGCUUUUUAUUGAGAAUAUGUAUUACUAUAAACCUUAUUAUAAUAAAGAAUGUUUUGGCUGACACUAAUGUGGUAAAAGAAAGCAAAGGGUUUGGACAUUUCCCCUUCUUCUUCUUCUUGUUUAUGUUGUUCUUCUCCCACUAUCUGUUUCUCCUGUGUAAAAUGACCACCAGACCCAUUUGACUGGGGACCCAAGGGGGAGACAGGUGUAGAUGCUGGCCCAGCUUUGCUCUCUUUGGUCGGGGUAAGUGCGGGUUGGUGCUCCUUUCCUCUCUCCAGCCUCUCAAACUCAGUGCAAACCAACUCAACCGUCUCAAAGGGUUUUGGGGUUAAUUUGCAUUUGAGAAGCAUUUCAGUGAUUCAUUCUGACUCUGUAAAAUUAAAAGUUAAAACAAAAGGAUUUUUCUUGUAGAAAUGAUGUUUUGGCACAGUGAGAGCUGGGGAGAGGCACACAGAUAGAAUGGCCUGGGUGCAUUUUGAUCUGUGGAGCAGUCCUGUUUCCUUGGGCGAGGGGGGUUUGAUGGGUGUGUGUCUGGUCUGGUCUGGUCUGGUAUCUCUCCCCUGCUGUACCAAAUUCUCCCUCUCCGUGUGUCUCUGUGUCCUCUCUGCUCUCAGACCUGCAUGUGUGAUAAUCUGUAACUCUGCCGCACAAACAAACAAACAAGCCCCACGUCAGUCCAGCUCUUGACUAACUAUCUCAACUGAAAUAGGUCACUGUGCCGCCUGGAACGGCCGGGGUGCAGCCGUGCGUGAGCGUGGCGGCGUGAGCCAUGGGGACGACUUUUAGCGCGACGCCAACGCAGCGGGAACUCGUUCUCUCUCUCUCUUCACCACCAAGGUAAAUAAAAAAAGUUUUCAAAAAAAAAAAACAAACAAACCGCAACAACAGCAGCAAAAGAAAUGAUAAAGAGCACUGACUUCCCCUCUCCCAACCUGCCGCCCCUCCUUUGACUGUGCCUUGAACAAACACUCCUUCCCCACCUCCCUCCUCUCCACACUGCCAUUGCCACCUUCCUCCCCCCACCUCCCCCAGUCCGUAACUCCUCCUCUGCUGCAGUGGCAGUGCCGCGGCUACAGCCUUGGGCUUCUCCUCUGUGGGUUUGGUGGGCAGGGUUUGGGUGGGGUUAGGACCCCUGCACAGGUCUCAGUCAAGUCUUGCAAUCAGCUUUAGGAGGCGACUGGCGUGCCCUCUGUCCUGCUGGAGUGUGUGUGUCUGUGUGUGUGUGUGUGUGUGUGUGUGUGUGUGUGUGUGUGUGUGUGUGUGUGUGUGUGUGUUAAAGAGAAGGAAAGCCGUUUUUUGUUUGUUUAUUUUUCUGUGGGUGGUAUUUCAUUGAUUGGUGAGGCUUGACGCCCCCACCCCACACACCCUCCCCCCUGCCCUCGCCACCGCCGUAUUCGCCGCCCUUGCCCCCUUCCCUGCCCGCCCCGGUUCCCUCCUCCUUCCCCCUCCCCUUUCUCACACCUCCUCCUCCUUAACCCCGCCCUCCCUCCUGUGCGCCUCUCCUUUCCGCCGUUCACACACAAAUACACAGCGCUUUUUUGUUUUUCUUCCCCCCCUUACUCCCGCCGCCACCGCCGCCGCCACCACCACCACCUUGGAUCUGGGUUUGUGGCUCUGGCUCGGACUCAGACUUCCCAGAACCACCCACCUAAACCCAAACUACCCACCCACCCUCCUUUUGUUACCGUAGUGGCCUGGGCGUGCCAACGGACAGUGUAUGUGUGGUGGCUCGCCGCUGGACUCAGUAACACGACACAGAGAGACUUCAGUGUUGGACGAGCCGCUUUGCUGAAACUGUUGAAUGAUGGGUUUGCGCCACACAGCUGUGGAAGGGAUCGUAACUCCCAUAAGACCUUAGCGCCAUCACAAAACGAGAUAAACCAACAGGGGGUUUGUCUUGGGUCCCUCACAGCCUGUGUGCCAAUCAGAAACGUCCUAUAAGAUCGGCCGAGCUAAUGAGGCCAGUCUGACCUGUAGAUUCUCACCAAUCUCAGGACUCCUGUAGGACUUUUCUGGUACGGCAGCUCUGUUUCUCUAAUCCUGGUGUCAGCUGGACCGGCUGGAUAUGUGCUAUGAGUGACUUGUAUGAGGUGUGGCUAUUAAAUAAUGAGACGUCACGCCGGUUUGACUCACAGAGGCUCUGUUUUGUUGUUUAACAGCCACGCCUCGUCUGCAUUCUUACCUGUUAAGACUAUUGAUGCACACACACAGUCCCGCACACACUCGCUGUAUGUCAGAUGAGUUUGUCUCGCAUUUGCUCUGACCGCUGCGAGACGGAGUCGAGACAAGCGUGGCGCUGCCUUUCUGUCCGCCUAACAAACUAAAAGGAGGUGGGGAGGAUUGAGUAACUUGUAAGGUGAGUUGGUAGUGGAAGGAUCCUUUGGCCCAAAGCUGCUCUCUAACCUCACCUUUCUGAUCUUGGAGCAUCCCAUAAUAGAGUCACUGGCCAGAACCUUACCCCAAGAAAACAUUGUCGCGCUCAGUGUCUGUGCUAAUAAUAACGAGCCCUUGAAUCUGUCUCUGUUGCUUGGAUACAAAGUGCAAAAAUCCAGUUAAACUGAUUUUUUGCAUUCACAGACUCAUUAAGUUUUUUAAUCAUCUGAGAGCACCCGUGUGGAUGCACAUAGAGGCACACAGAGGCCAGUAUUAUUUCUCUCCAAAGGACCGCUGUGUAGGAUUUAGUGUUUGAGGACUGGACGUGUAGUGCAGGAUCCAUAGUCCUACAUUAGUGCACAUUUGCCUAGAGAGAAGGAUUGUGGGUAUUCGAUCGAUGCAGAGACCAUGUGUAGAUGUGGUGAAAGACCGAAAAGCACAUAUCCUGAUAUCCUUAAUGCUGAUUGGCUGAAAAACUGUCUCGAACAGGAAAGGGGGUAAUAGUACAGCUCACCACAAAGAGGAACAAGUGUGUCCGUUUUCAUUGCUUUCAAUCACUCGGUUUCACUUUACUACAAAGGACCAACUAAAGCACAAAAACAAGGGUAGCCUGUGUCACUAAAUGCUGCACACAUUUACAACCAGGCUGCCAUGGCAACAGCACACGACUGCGGCGUGAAGUUGUGAGUCUGCAGACCUCAGCGUAGCACAGACUAGAGAAAAUAUGAAGGGCUCUUUACACUAAUGAAAACAAACACAACUAUGAAUAUAGUCACAGGAGAUGCCCCCCCUCCCUGAGCAUGGUCCUGCUGGAGGUUUCUUCCUGUUAAAAGGGAGUUUUUCCUUCCCACUGUCGCCAAGUGCUUGCUCAAAGAGGGUCGUCUGAUCAUCUGUUAAUGUAGGGUCUUUGCCUUCCAAUAUAAAGCACCUAGAGGUGACUGCUGUUGUGAUUUGGCGCUAUAUCAAUAAAAUUGAACUGAGUACUGUAUUCUGUUUCCACGAGUAAAUCCUACACACUGGUCCUUUAAGCAGUGCAGCUGAUGAAACCCCUCCUCAGCCUCCAUGAUCAGGGCACACGGUGCUCCAGUUUUUUUCCCCCUCCAGCCACCUCACCCCUCCCCUCCAACUCUGCCGGCUCCUCACUAAAAAGGCUUCUUCUGGUGCUUGUGAGUCUAGGCUUCCCGUGCUUGGGUGAAUGCAGCCACACAUCUCUUAAACACCCCCGACCCCCCCCCGCGCACCCUCUCUUGCUCUGAAUUCACCGACAGACAGAGCUGCAGCCUCCUCUCUACUUCCACUUCCUCACCCAAACUCCCCCUGCCUUCUGUGGUUUGGACAGCUGAAGAACUGAGAUACCCUGCACACACACAGACACACACUUAUAUAUAUAUAUAUUUGUGUAUUGUGUUGUUUUUUUCAUGGGAUCCCACAGGGUACAGCAGACACCGGCAGAGAUGUACAUCGGGAACAGAACCCACUCCGGCUUAGGUUUGAGCCCAGCCCUCACACUGUAGACCGUAUUGCCUUUUUCAGUUGAAGCAGGUUUCAUUAACGUGAUUUUUCUAGGUCAUCUAGCACAGAUGUGAAUUACAGAAUCACACUUCUAAUGAUGCUUAUCCUCUCUUCAGAUAAAGGCAUCAGGAGUGUCUUAUCUCACACGUUACCUCGUAUAGAGGGGGGCAGACAGCAUGUGAACGCCAGCAGGAUGCAGUGCAGCUCAAUACAAAAAUCACUGCAGUUAUGAGGUUUUUUCCCAUCAUAACUGCAGUAAUAGUGUGUUGGCUGGCAUUAGAGUGAAAGGCAUUUAUGUUAUUUUGUCCACCCUUCUGCCCUUAUAUGAUUACAGGCCACCUGAGGCCAAGCCCGUCUUUUUUUCCUCCCUCUCCACAGACCAUUUCAUUGUCAGCAGUCCCGCGGUGGCAUUAUGUUUAGCCAUUUCAGUUCCCUCGGCUCAGCGGCUGCUCAGUCACAAACCUAAUUGUAACCACAAAUAGUCGCGCAGUAGCUAAGCUUCUUCAAGUAGGUUAAUGGACCAAGCUUAGUGUAGUUAAACGAAACGCCUCAAUUAAUUACAAUAUUAAUCGUUCUAGUUUCCAAAGACGUCAGGGGUGACAGAACAAUGUGUCAUCUCAAGAGGAGAGCAAUCGGGAUCUGCUCCUUUUUCAAAGAAAUCGAAUCCAGCACAACGCUGAACGAUGAGGGGAUUUUUACACCGUGAAUGUCGGAUCAAACGUUUGCGUCAACAUGUUUACUGUGAAUGACAAAUCCUGAUAUGAAGACAAUUAUACUGUAUGGUUGUGUGUGCAUAUAUUUAUGCCUUUUAGUCUGUAUUUCUUAAGAUGUUGAGGUAUUUUUUUCAGUCUGCAUGAACAAAAAUCAUGAAUAAAUUCUCUUUUUGUUUCUCAUAUAA